GACCUCUGUGCUGAGUCUCACCGUGGAGCUGACUUUCAGAAGAAGAAAGAGUAAAAAGUGGAGUCCUCAGAGGUUGGUUAACAGGGAAACCCACAGGAGAGAGGACUCAGCCUUGGACGGGACCCCACAACCCAGAUGAACCUUUGAAGGCAUCUGAGGUCGUAGAAGAGCUGGGGGCCCACAGGGUCAGAGCUCCCGUGGGUGCCUGCAGCUACAUGUUGGGGGUCAGAACACCUCUGUGGUCACCACCAACGCCCGAGAGGAUGAAAGGUGUGGCCUUCAGCCCAGGACGGUCAUUCUUGACUAUAAGGAAGUGACAUAUGGCAGAGGGUGGGGACACCACCAAGGAGGAAACGUCCCAGCGGCUCUGCUAUGCGGAGACCUGUGUGGCCGUCAGAGGAGCAGCCAUGUGCUCUGAGAAGGGGCAGCAGCCUCUCUGAGGCCACGGGGCCUGUCCUGUCAUUGGGGUUGAGAGCAGAAGCUCAGGGCGCCGAGAGCCGGGGGUCUGCAGCCGCCUGUGCAGCUCCUGACCCUAAGCUUCCUGCACCCUGACCAUCCAGCAUCGGACUCAAAUCUGGGCUGGACACGGAAGCAGAGAGGCCCAGAAAAGCGGAAGUGGGCACAGGCCAAUCGAACCCUCAUUGAAGAGGCUUGUCCGUGUCCACCCAUAGGACCUGGCGCUGCUGCAGGCUGUGAGAAAUGACCCUGAGGAGUGGGGUCACGUGGCUGCCUUCAGCUCUGCUCCUUCUCCAGGUCCCAGGCUGUUUGACUCUGAGCGGCCCCGAGCAAGUGACGGGCACCGUGGGGGGAUCGCUGAGCGUGCAGUGUCGGUACGAGAGGCAGUUCAAGGAAAAUAACAAAUACUGGUGCAAAAGCCCAUGUUUGGCAUCGCUGAGGACGAAGAUUGUGGAGACCACAAAGUCAGAGAGAGAAGUGAGGAGCGGCCGAGUGUCCAUCAGGGACCAUCCAGCAACCCUCACCUUCACAGUGACCUUGGAGAGCCUCACAGAGAGUGAUGGAGGCACAUACAGGUGUGGGAUCCAUAGACCAUGGACAGAAGGACUGAUAGACCUCACCUUCCAGGUUGAGGUGUCUGUGUCCCCAGGCUAUUUGUCUCUGAGUGGCCCCAGGCGGGUGACGGGCACCGUGGGGGGAUCGCUGAGCGUGCAGUGUCGGUACGAGAAGCAGUUCAAGGAAAAUAACAAAUACUGGUGCAAAAGCCCAUGUUUGGCAUCGCUGAGGACGAAGAUUGUGGAGACCACAAAGUCAGAGAGAGAAGUGAGGAGUGGCCGUGUGUCCAUCAGGGACCAUCCAGCAACCCUCACCUUCACAGUGACCUUGGAGAGCCUCACAGAGAGCGAUGGAGGCACAUACAGGUGUGGGAUCCACAGACUAUGGACAGAAGGACUGAUAGACCUCACCUUCCCGGUUGAGGUGUCUGUGUCCCCAGCCCCCACCCUGAAGAUCGUCACAAGCACCCUGGGUCCUCCAAGCACCCUGGAUCCUCCAAGCACCUUGGGAUCUACAAGCACCCUGGGUCCUCCAAGCACCCUGGGUCCUCCAAGCACCCUGGGUCUUCCAAGCACCCUGGGUCCUCCAAGCACCCUGGGUCCUCCAAGCACCCUGGGUCUUCCAAGCACCCUGGGUCCUCCAAGCACCCUGGGUCCUCCAAGCACCCUGGGUUCUCCAAGCACCUUAGGACCUCCAAGCACCCUGGGUCCUCCAAGCACCCUGGGUCCUCCAAGCACCCUGGGUUCUCCAAGCACCCUGGGACCUCCAAGCACCCUGGGUCCUCCAAGCACCCUGGGUUCUCCAAGCACCCUGGACCCUCCCUCCUCUCGGCCAGCGACCACCGGGCCCAGUGUGACCAGCCAGGAGACGCCUGAUGCCAGCCAACACCCUCGGUCCCUGCUCAGCAGUGUCCACUUCCUGCUCCUCAUAUUCCUGAAGGUGCCCCUGUUCCUGAGCAUGCUCGGUGCCGUCCUGUGGGUGAACCGGCCUAAGCGGAGCUCUGGGGGGAGGCAGAGUCAGAUCUGCUCUGAGAACCAGUGACACCUGCUCUGUCAAUGCCCCGCCCAAGAGCACAGCCCCCCUGUGGGAGGAAGGACCUUCUGACCAAUCAAUCCAGUGUCAUUGUCCAUGAUUCUGUCGGAAUAGUCUGUGAACCUAUUGGAGAGUUUUUUCUUUCAAUGCAUCAGAUACACACAAAAGAUACCUAAUAAAUGCAUACUCAU